AUUCUUGGUUUAAUAGCUGGAGAAACGACGAUCAAAUGAAACCAUUCACAUUUCUAUUCUUCUCUGCCGCUACUCUUUUAUGCUAUGCAUCGGCGUUUAAGGUGGUCUUACUACCAACGCCGUUUGUAAGUCAUAUGAACUAUUUUGAACCUCUCGCUCUGGAGCUUCAUCAAUCUGGUCACGAAACCUACCUCGUACUUAGUGAUUCGUUCCGGGCAAGGCAACGAUUAACCGACAAAGGAUUAAACAUUUUGACUUACGACUCAAAAGGAACAUGCGAAAUUGAUACUGAUGACUUUUUCAAAAGAGUCACCAUUGGAAUGAUAGAUAAUGGUGGUGAUCCGGGUGUAUUAGGAAAGCUUGUCGCCCCUGCAAUUGAAAGUGAAUGUUCAAAAUUCCUGCUCGAUAUUGAAUUACUAGAAAAAGGAAAAAAGAUAGGAUUUGACUUGGCAGUUGUGGACGGCCUAUUUUUUGCAAGAUGUCUAUACAUUUGGCCGAAAGAGUUAAAUAUACCUUACAUUACAUUAACGACACUGCAAGAUUUUUGGAGAGCUCGCGUUCCGGCACCUCCAAGUUUUGUACCAUUUCAUUAUUCCUCUUUCGGAGAGCGUAUGACUUAUUUAGAAAGAUUCGCUAACGUUUUUAUGAGUGUAUUCUUUGCUUUAUCGACAACAUCCCCACCACUCUCUCAAGUUAUAAGGGACCGAUAUAAAGAUUCGUCGGCAGAUUUCGAAAGUUUAGCCACAAAAUCAAAAUUAUGGAUGUUUAAUACCGAUUUUUCUAUUGAUUAUGCCAAACCAAGCUUACCAAACAUUAUUCACGUUGGUGGAAUGAGCCUAAAUUCUACCAAACCACUUCCGGAAUUAUUCGCCAAGUUUGUUGCAAAAUCUAAUAGAAUAGUUGUUGUAACAUUUGGAAGUGUAAUAUCCCAAUUACCCAACUAUAUUGUUGAGAAAAUGAUUGACGCCUUUCGUCAAUCACCUUUUCAGUUCGUUUGGAGGUUACCCAAAGCAAAGGAAUUUUCAAUACCCGAUAAUGUUCUUGCAGUUGAUUGGAUACCGCAAAACGAUCUUCUCGGACAUGAGAAAACUGUUGCAUUCGUUACUCAUUCGGGCAAUAACGGACAAUUCGAGGCUCUCUAUCACGCCGUUCCUAUGGUUGCCCUUCCUAUAUUUGCGGAUCAAAUUUAUAAUUCAUUAAGAAUGGAGGCGAAAAAUUACGGCGUUAGACUAUCUAUGCACAAGUUCACGAGCCAACAGCUUAAAGAAGCCCUUGAAAAGGUUGCUGAUAACAAGGAAAUUAAAGCAAAUCUUGUUAAGGGUUCUAUGAUUCUAAGAGAUAGACCAUUAAAUGCUAGAAAAAGGGCAGUUUAUUGGAUAGAACACGUAAUAAAAUACGGGGAUAGGCACUUGAGGUCUUACGGAAUUGAUAUGCCCUGGUAUCAGUAUCUGUUGCUAGAUGUUGCAGUUGGAUACGCGUUACUUUUCGGAUUUCUUAUCUACCUAAUUAAAAGAGCAUUCGUGUAUGUUUCGGCUAAUGCUCAAAAUUGGAUUGGUACAAGUAAAAAUAAGAAAAAAACACAUUAA